AUGGCGGCGUCCGCGGUCUGCCGGGCGUCCGGCGCGGGGGCGCGAGUGCUGCUGCGCGCACGCCGACCGCACGCGGCCCUGCUGCCGCCCGGCCUGCGGAGCGCCGCCUCCCUGGCGCAGGCCCUGCAGCGCGCGCCCGAGACGCAGGUGAGCCAGCUGGACAGCGGCCUGCGCGUGGCCUCGGAGCAGUCGGCCCAGCCCACCUGCACGGUCGGGGUGUGGAUUGACGUUGGCAGCCGCUACGAGAACGAGAAGAACAACGGGGCGGGCUACUUUGUGGAGCAUCUGGCUUUCAAGGGAACAAAGAACCGGCCUGGCAAUGCCUUGGAGAAGGAGGUGGAGAGCAUGGGGGCCCACCUGAACGCCUACACCACGCGGGAGCACACGGCCUACUACAUCAAGGCGCUGUCCAAGGACCUGCCCAAAGCCGUGGAGCUGCUGGCGGACAUCGUGCAGAGCUGCAGCCUGGAGGACUCGCAGGUGGAGAAGGAGCGGGACGCGAUCCUGCGGGAGCUGCAGGAGAACGACGCUUCCCUGCGGGACGUGGUCUUCGACUACCUGCACGCCACGGCCUUCCAGGGCACGCCCCUCGCCCAGCCCGUGGAGGGGCCCAGCGGCAACGUCAGGAAGCUGUCGCGGGCCGACCUGACGGAGUUCCUGGGCCAGCAUUACAAGGCCCCUCGCAUGGUGCUGGCGGCCGCGGGAGGGGUGGAGCACCGGCAGUUGGUGGACCUCGCCCAGAAGCACUUCAGUGGCGUCUCUGGCUCGUACGCCGAGGACGCUGUGCCCACGCUCUCUCCGUGCCGCUUCACUGGCAGCCAGAUCGCCCACCGUGACGACGCCCUGCCUUUCGCCCACGUGGCCAUGGCCGUGGAGGGGCCUGGCUGGGCCAACCCGGACAACGUGGCCCUGCAGGUGGCCAACGCCAUCAUCGGCCACUACGACUGCACCUACGGCGGCGGCGUGCAUCUGUCCAGCCCGCUGGCUUCAGUCGCCGUGGCCAACAAGCUGUGCCAGAGUUUCCAGACCUUCAACAUCUGCUACGCGGAGACCGGCCUGCUGGGCGCGCACUUCGUCUGCGACCGCAUGAGCAUCGACGACAUGGUGUUCUUCCUGCAGGGCCAGUGGAUGCGCCUGUGCACCAGCGCCACGGAGAGCGACGUGCGCCGCGGCAGGAACCUCCUCAGGAACGCCCUCGUGUCCCACCUGGACGGCACCACGCCUGUGUGCGAGGACAUCGGACGCAGCCUCCUCACCUACGGCCGCCGCAUCCCCCUCGCCGAGUGGGAGAGCAGGAUUGCGGAGGUCGACGCCCAGAUGGUGCGUGAGGUCUGCUCCCAGUACUUCUAUGACCAGUGCCCGGCGGUGGCCGCAGUGGGCCCCAUCGAGCAGCUCCCCGACUACAACAGGACCCGCAGCGGCAUGUUCUGGCUGCGCUUCUAG